CUGAGGCGCCCUGCGCCGGAGCUCGUGGCGUCAGUGCGCCCGCCGUGCCCAUGGAGAGAGGCUGAGGUGCUCGAGCUCCGGCCCGAGGCACUGGGGCGCCGGGACGGCGAAGAUGUCGGCUUCGUUAGUCCGGGCCACUGUCCGGGCUGUGAGCAAGAGGAAGCUGCAGGCCACUCGGGCCGCCCUCACGCUGACACCUUCAGCAGUAAACAAGAUAAAACAGCUUCUUAAAGAUAAGCCUGAGCACGUAGGUGUGAAAGUUAGCGUCCGAACCAGGGGCUGUAAUGGCCUUUCUUAUACUCUAGACUAUACGAAGACAAAAGGAGAUUCUGAUGAAGAAGUUGUUCAAGAUGGCGUCAGAGUAUUCAUCGAAAAGAAAGCACAGCUAACACUUUUGGGAACAGAAAUGGACUAUGUUGAAGACAAAUUAUCCAGUGAGUUUGUGUUCAAUAACCCAAACAUCAAAGGAACUUGUGGCUGUGGAGAAAGCUUUAAUAUUUGAAACCUCAGGACUCCUCCGGCUGUAAGCUCCAGGAAAGCUCUGGGAAGCCUUGGGGCUUACUGAAGAAGUCAUGUUACUGUCACGUGUUUAAGGUUUAUAAUGUGUGGCUGCCUUGUGAGGAAAAUAAAGUGAUGCAUUUUGAAAAUGAA